AUGGCUACGACAGCGCUUCAAGAGCCCCUCGUGGAGCUCCCCUCCGAACAUGCUCCAGUCCAUUCUCAAACCAUCAAGUCGUACAUGCACUUCCUUGCCAGAAACAAGCUGUACGAAACGGAGAAGCCAUAUGGCGUUCGUUACAAACCAGACGAAGACAUACCGCAGACCAACAUCAUCCUGGAGAAACACACCAUAUCGGUCGAUAGUAUACGCAAUGGGGACACAUUCCGGUUGAAUGAGUGUGGAUUCGAACGCAUUGAUUUCCCCUCCAAGAUGUCGUACGACGACUUUUGGAAUCAUGAAACAAUUCAGGCGGUAUACCUCGGCGAAGUGAAGAGGACGUUGAAGAAGAGGCUCGGCGCAAAGUUCGUACACAUUCUCGACUACACCGUUCGAAAGCGCGAUCGUACUUUUCCAGUCUCCACAGGAGAGGAGUAUGACUAUGAUCAGCCCACGUCAAUGGCGCACAUUGACUUCACGGUACGUGAGGGUGAAAGGAUGAUCAAGGUACUUUUCGGAGACCGGGCCGACGAGGUUCUCAAAGGGCACUGGCAAAUCAUCAAUCUGUGGAAGCCUAUCAAAGGGCCCUUGAAUGACUGGCCGCUUGCCAUCUGCGAUUCUAGGACCGUGAACUGGCAAACGGACAUCACGCCUGGAGACGUCGUCUUCGAUGACUUCGUCACAGAGAACAUCCAAGUCCUCUAUAACUCGGCACACAAAUGGUAUUAUCUUCCUAACCACGAUGUCUCGGAGGCCCUGAUCUUCAAGAGCGCGGACAGCAAGCACAGCAUCGCUCCAGCGGCUCCUCAUGCCGGUUGCCCCAAUCCGAAUACCAGUCCGGGAGAGUGUAGGGAAAGUUUGGAUUGCAGAUGUCUGGUGUUUUUCGCGGACCUGCCGAAGUAUCCCCCAAUUGUGGGCGAUGUGUUCAAGCCUCAUAUAUGA